AUAAACAGAGCGUGCGAGCGUAUAGGAAACAGACCGUGAAUGCUUCGUAUUUCCCGGUUUAGCUGCGAUUCGCGGCCAUCCCAAGUAAUUUUCCUUGGAACAACACCUAACCUAUCCAACAAAAAUACACUCGACUCACCGUCGUCUCCGUCUUCGCAAUGAUGCAGUGAAAGCGUUCGUCGAACGAGGAACUCUUCCGUAAUCUAAUCGCGUGCAACGCAGUUUUCGAAAGUUUGAAAUUGAAGAGAAGUCAACGCGGCCUUUAUGAUACGCGUCAAAUCGUGGCGUCACCUGGAAACACCUUCCUUCGGCUGGCUAUCGGGACUAUCGUUCUCAUCGCGCGAACGAAGAUUUAAUAAGGACGUAAAAUUAAUUGAAUCUCGUACGCAGUUACGCGCGCAUCGUUACACGUUCUUGCUGUUGGUUAUCAAGUAUACGUUGUUCUGUGGCUCGGUGUGGUGUUAUUGCGAGCGGAAAAAAGCAAGAGAAAUAGAGGGAUGGACACUGAAAUUUCAUAGCAAAACGCCAACCGGGCCAGAAGACUGCACGAACAAGGAACAUAAUAAACAAGAACGUGUAACUGAGACAGAGGAGCAAUUUCCACACAAACGACGAAUGUAAAACUACGCGACACAGUGAAGAGGAAAGCGGAGAGUUGUAAUCAUCAUUUUUCUCGAGCAAAGAUGAGAACGAUAAUUUUCUGCAGAUAAUGGUGAAAACUCGAAAAAUGCUUCGGGCGUAACGUGUGCAAGAAAACGAGAAAUAUGUAUGGUGCUGUGCGUGAAGAAGUCUCUGAAAGUUGGUUGCACACUUACGAUUUGAGCAGUACAAUGAUUCCUAAUGUCAGUUCAUCUGUGAGUGAUGAGGAACACUUCUGCAAGUUAAUUUUGUACAAAGAAAUCAAGGAGUCAGGUGUACGAAUAUGGGACAUUAUCAUAUUGGUACCGAAUCUCUUAUUUCUUCUAUUCAUCGCAGUAAGAUUCAAUAGGGCACGGCUUAAAUUACGAGCAACGAGUAGUCCAAUAUUUUUAGCAUUUUAUGGACUUGUCAUUUGUAACGUAGCAAUUUCAGUGAUAAGAUGUGUCGUUUCGAUGACUGUAAACGCAGCAGCUACUGUCGGUGGGAAAGCAGAUAAAAUACUGUGGGUAACAGUAAGAUUUUUUCUGUUAUCCACGGAGAUGAGUGUUGUUAUAUUCGGUUUGGCUUUUGGACAUUUGGACAGUCGCUCAAGCAUUCGUAGGGUGUUACUUGCUACUUCGUUAAUAGCAUUGGCUUUUACUAUAACUCAAGGAACGUUGGAACUAGUUUUACCAGAUGAUACAUUCCGUAUUGCUAGUAGAAAUUUUUAUGUAUUUGGUCAUGGAGGAAUGAUGUUUUGGUUUUGCAGCAGUCUUGUUUUCACGAUGAUAUAUCUUUUCAUAUUAAUACUGCCAUGGACACGGUUGCGAGACCGUUUAACUCUUCCAACAAGGAAAAGUUUUUACAUUUACGCUGGUACAUUAGCCAUGCUAGAUCUAGUACAAUCAAUCGGUGCUGGCUUUUUAAAUUAUACACAAAAUCCUGUAGGACUAUGCAUUGUAGACUUCACGGCAGCAGUUUACUUGACCCUUUUUACACCUUUGGUUUAUCAUACAUUCCUGUCCGAAUUUUUCGGAGUCUCGCAACCAUCGAUAAUGUUCUCGUAUAAGGCGCAAGUGGACGACGCAAUGGACGAAGACACGGUAUCGUUGCCACAUCAGCAGAGCUUCUCAUCGUUAAAAACAGACAGCGAUUAUAUUUAUCAGAAUCAUAGUGUCUAUGACUCGACCCAAUUCGACACUAAUUCGACGCCGGUGAAUCCACUCUACGCAGCGUCUUUGCAGAGUCCGGAUAGCAUAACCGGUUACAGUAUAGAUAGCCAAGAUGGUCAAAACCAAGCGAACGGUUAUCAGCAGUGAACGAUCCAUACUGAUCGUGACGAUCGUGAAUCAGUUCACGUAUACGAACACGAACCCAACGAUUAGUUCAACGAUCAAGUUGAAAUAUCUCACCCAAAAAGAGAGAGAGAUAGAAAUACUGCGUGACAUCCGCUGAAAACAUGUUCCAACGUUGGAUUAUUCUACUGGAGAAUGGAACCAGAACCGAAGAUCCCUGUAUAAUACGAGAGGAAAGAAUCUAGUCGCUCUGAAUGUUUUUUAAGACAACGCGAUGUCAACGAAACAUGUUCCAGUUAUUUUUUGCAAUCUCAGAUUUGCGAUCAGCUAUUUAAGAAGAGGAGAACGAGCCCUGAGUUUCUAUCUCCUUCGCGUGGAAUAAAAUUUUGUACUUAAUCAGUUGAACGACGCGAAAAAGGAUUUCACCGCAAAUUUGAAAAAAAUCUAACUUAUACUAUUCAUAUACUGGUACAUGCUUGACUUUUUCAGAAUUUUUUUAAUCCAUUGCAACGUGCAAAAUAAAAUUAUUAAAUUCAAUGAGAAUCAAUGUUCAAAUUUACAGUACUGUUUUGAGAAACUUUUUCUGUUUUAAUUUGCGAUAUAAAGAUCUGAAAAAAUUCUCACAUGUACUACUAUAUAGUAGUAUAUCUUUGAUUUUUUCAGAAUUUUUGAUACGAUAGAGUCGGAGAAAAAAUCUAAAAAAUAUCGAAAUCAAUACCAGCAGUGAACAAUCCAUACCAAUCAUGACUCGGUUCGCAUAUACGAACGCGAAUCCAACGAUUAGUUCAACGAUCCAGUUGAACUAUCUCAUCGUUUUAUUAGAAAUAGUCUUCUGUGCAACGUUCGAAGAAGGAUUUCACCGACAAAGGAGACAAUGUGUGAAUUGUUUAUUUUUCGACGAACUUCAUCAUCGGUUGAAUUUAACUUUCGAUACUUGCUUAUCAUUUCUCCGUCCUUUUCACCAAAGACAGACCUUCCAGUCUCUUAGACUCUUGCGGAAGAACGUCCCUCGCUAUUUUCCUACUUUUGCAAUUAAGGAAACAUAAUUAUGAACGACGAGCAAGGACAAUAUAGAAAGAAGAAGAAGAAGAAGAAUGGUUCCUGAGACGAGUGCGUGUCCUCGUUGAGGAUUGAAACGUAAAAAAUUAGUAGUAAACCUUCGGAGUUUAUGGAGGACUCUGAUGCUCCGCUGGAAACUAUUUACAGAAGACUCCAUCCAUCAUGUAACAUGUAUAUAUACCCUGUAUUCUAGUGUAAAGGAUCGUGCUAUUUAUAUACUAAUAUAUUAUAUAUAUAUACAUAAUGUUAUAUUUAUCGAUAUCGUAUGUCCGUAACUCAUGAACGUGUUAGUUCUGGCUGAGCCACGUCGUCGGGCACGACUAAAUUCGUCUGCCUUUUUCCAAUUUGAUACGAGCGGCGAUAAACAAUUAUUAAUUUUAUGACAAGCUACAGAAAUCUCUAUCUAAUAUAAAAGGAAGAAGAAUCUCUUCUCUUUCAGAACCAUCGGUGCGGCAAAAUUUCAAACGUAUUCGACAAAAAGGAUGUUCGUAUAUUUAUUUUUGAAUCUCUCAUUUUCUACUGCGAACCAACUAUUUGUAAAUGGUUUUUAAUUACGGGACGAGACUUGUAGUUCAAAGUUGUUCACGUUCGACACUGUAAUUUUUUAAUCUCUCAACAGUAUGAUUUGGUCCAUUAAAGAGAUCAUUGGUGACUACUUAUUAGGAUCGUUAGCAAUACACAGUUCAAUACGUAUUUUAUAUAAUAUUCGGGUCCUUAUGAAUUUUUGUGUAAAUAUAUACCGCGAAUGGAUUUAUCGAGAGCCGGAGACGUGAGUCUCUCUCUAUCUCUCUCUCUCUCUGUCAAUUGCAGCGUCGAUUCAUUCACACAUGUAUACACAAACACGACAUACAGACUUAAGUAAGACUCAGUACAUAACUCGUUCUAUUCUACUUCUAUCAGGCGACUUCUCUUUUGACUCUGUCUGACGAUCGCGAUCAAGCUUUUUUGUAAUUUUCAGAUGAAAUGUGAAAGGCAAUACUUCGAAUCGUGUAAUACGAUUAAUAUAUUUAAUGAGAAUAAAAUUACAUUUCAAUCGGAA